GCUGUAUGGUGCAAUUUUCACAUGACGCACUUCUAGGAUACUUUGACAAAGUGUAGAGCUGAAUAGCCUGUGGGGAGGACAUGCACUCCUCAGAGUGGAUUAUUUCAAGUGGGUCACUAAACACACCCAAAAAACUAAUUUGAAACCCAGGUGACAUCCACAGCUGCGCUCUAACAGGUUGUCUCGACUGAUUGCUCACUGUGCCAGAGUGACGUCGCUUCCAGGAUUUCUUGAGGUUAAUCUCCAAUCUAAAGUCGUGAUGCGAAGACACUGGACUUGUUUAACAAGGUUUUCGCAUUGCUCUUGGAGAAAGGCACUUACAGGAAAAUGCCAUAGGGCUUGAAUCUUUCUGAGUGUCAGGAGACACGAUGUUUCUUCCUGGAUGGUUCAUGUGGGGGGUUUUACUGACCCUAUGCAUGUCAGCAUGUGGUUUGGAGAUUUCUGGAUAUGACAGCGAUGAAGUCAUUUGCUCACAGGGUCUCUCUGAAUGCUCCAUGAUGGAUGAGAUACUCUCCCUACCAGAGAAUAACGUUGUGAAUGUUCAGAACCUGACAGCAUCUAUCAAGCUCUGCUCAAAGAGCAAUGAGUCGUGUACCUUAUGUCUGGUGAUAGACACAGAGCUCCAUGUCCAUUCAGAUAACGAUGUGGAGGAUGAAGGCCACUCCGGGUUCGAAGAGGAGGAUGACAGUGAGGAGAGGAGGAAUCCAAAAGCAUCCGUGACAGUGUGUUACAAAACAGCGCCUUCUCUGCCCACAUGCAAAAAGGUGGAGUUUACAGUCAAUCACGCAGCUCUUACUCAGCAAAACCGGGCAAAGAUGUCCAUGGUGAUUGCUAAGCUACCUGGGGUUUCCUUCAGCAGUAAAGUGUCUGUUUAUUCUUCAAAGUUGCUCGUAAGGGAAGAAGUCGUUGCUCCUUCUCUAGAUGAAGUGUGUUCCCAGGAGCUGAAGAAAUGUGUAGAAGAGUGUCGUGUGCCUGAAAUAAGGCCUGUAAUUCAUGAAGAGAAGAAUUACGUGGAGUUGUGGUUUGAUGGCAAGAAUGAUAGCCUCCCCUCAGUGUGCAUCCAGUAUGAGCGGAAUGGGACAUGUCAGACUUGGAACAGGGUGAUCAUCCCACUCUAUUCUGUGACUCACUGCAUGUGUCUCAUGGCAUGGUAUGAUCAGCAGUACGUGCGCUCCCUCAGCUGCCCCUUCAAGGACACUGAUUUAUCCCGAAGGAAUACGUGGCAGAACGUGUCAGUGUCUGUAGGCCAGGGUCAAAUGAACAACAAUGGCACAAUGCUGUGGUGGAACCUAUCUGCCCCCUGCAGGCUGGAGGGGGAGGUGUGGUUGUGUCAAAAACACAACAGCUGCAGCGAGAUUAAGGGCUUCAGGCAACAGCUGUCUCUAGGCACAUGGAGACAAAACAGCAAAGGACUCUGGGCGAAAAUAGGGGUGUUUGAAGAUGUCAACCUUAACCUCUCACCAUGUGUUAUGGUGAAAAUAGAGGGAAUGGGACAUGAACUGGGUCCAUUCUGUAUUGAUAACACCCCUGCAGCUCUCAGGUGGCGCUGGAGUCUCCUGAUUGCCGGUGUUAUGCUGCUGGUUUGCUUGACCGCGCUCAUAUUUUGUUUAAUUCAUGACUUUGUCAAGAAAUGGGUGUGGAGUUGGCAUCAUGGUGGAUUUGUGAAGAUUGGCAGAAAAGGUCACGUGGUGCUGCUGAGCCCUCCAGAUGUGGAUGAUGGUGUUUCAGAGUCAGUUUGUCGACUUGGCUCUAUGCUCUGCAACCAUGGGUUCAAUGUAUCUGUGGACCAGUGGAGCAGGAAGGAGCAGUGCACUCUGGGGCCUCUGCUAUGGUUGUACUCCCAGUUACCGGAGCUGAACAGCCAGGGGAAGCGAGUUGUGGUCGUUUUGACUCACAAAGCAAUGGAGAGAACAGAGGAAUGGACCCAUCAGCACAAGGAGGCUAUCAAGAUGAAGGGGGAAGACAAGGCUCUCCCUCAGAUAUGUUCCCCUUACUCUGAUGUGUUCACAGCGAUACUGUGUCUCAUUCAAGCGGAAAAGCAGCUGGGCAGAGCGGGAGAGCGUUUUAUUCUGGUGAAAUUUGACUCCCAUCCAAGCAGUGACAGGAAUCUACCAGAGCUUCUUCAGGGACUGCCUCUGUUCAAGCUUCCCUCUCAGACCCAGGCUCUUCUAACUGAGCUAAGUGUGGGACGGACAGGGAGGAGAUCUGGUAGAAAGACAUGGACAGAGUGGAAAUGGGGCGACACAGCUGGAUGGAGAACAAAGUCUAAACAGAGACCAGACAAGGAGAAGGCAUCAAUGUGUAAAUAUCCUGGAGUUGAUAAAAACUUGGAGACAACGCCCUUGAAGCACCCAUAGAUGUUAUGAAGGACAUGUUCAUCCAAAUCAUGGAUGAAAUUAAGAUCAGACACUUAAAGGUUGUAAAUAAUCUAUAUUAUGGUUUUCAGCUGAGGAUUUGGUGAACUGCUGUGUAUUUAUUGCAGCAGGAUAUGUAUGAUUGCCUCAAAACAAACUGCAGUAUCCGUGAUUAGUGCACAGAAGGAAUAUGCCACCCAGUGUCAACAAUGUGGCUCCUUGAAGCCCCACGACACACAGGAAUAAGCUACACCGGUCAUUGGGUUAUUAGUAACAAUCCAUAUACAUAAUAUAAUAAAACUUAUCCUUAAAGUUUUAAACCUAAAAGUGGUACAAACUAAAUAUAUCCGUGUACUGUAAGUCUGUCCACGCUUGUCUAUAAAUAAAUGUACUAAUUUCUGCGUAUGGGUAUGGGUCUCAGGUUGUGAUUGGCCGCAGUAAUGAGGAUCUGAUUGGUGCGACCCAGUGUCAGUCUAAUCACACAGAAGAGCGCUUGUUACAUAUUGCACUACAUUCUGGCGGGGCGGUGCUCACAGGCUCGUUACACGCUCCGCUCGCUCGGGACGUUUGGGUUUUAGUCUGUAAUCACACACAAGGGCGCCAGGCGAGUAUGACAAGUGCGUCUCAGAUGGAUUCACUGCGUUGAAACUUUACUAAAGACAGCUCAGAGUAGGUCGACAGCACUUGAGGGAGGUAAAGAAAACUCACGACUUACCUGUAGAUUUUGUGUUAAGCUCUACUUUAAUGCUUGUUGACUGUUCCAGUGUCAGAAUUACCGUGUGCUGAUUUGUCAGAAUGUGACCCCGUGUGUAAAUGUUGUAGAAAGAUAAAACAAGUAAAUAAAGUUUAACGAGGCAAAAACAAACGAGUACCACAACAGGUUUAUGAGUAUUAUUAGACAUGCAAAAGUAUUUUUGACAUUAUUGACAGCAGUAGUUCAAUCUAUGGCAUUGCGUCAUAUUUCGUAAACAGAUUAUAUGUUAGUAUGUAAACAUUUACUAUGAAAAAGUAACUAUGGCUGUAGGCAGGGGCGGGCUGGGGUUGAAAUUCAGCCCGGGAGCUUGGUUUGGAGAGGCCUUUUACCCGAUCGCACAACGGAUGUAAGUGGAACUGUGAUUUUAACAUGAAUACUUUAUUUGCAAUAUAAA